AUGCCUAAAUUUGCGAAUACCGCAGACGAAUACAAUUUCGUUGACCAUCAAGAUACUGCGCUGAGCCCCGAGACCGUUGCUGAGCUGAGAGAAUGGCUCCAGCCCACCGACUACCUCGCCGAAAGCUCAGAGUAUCGUCGUCAUCUGUUAUCCCAGGCUCCAGGGACUGGACUCUGGAUAUGCGAAACAGAAGAGUAUCGCAAAUGGCACGAUUCUUCCGAUCAUGGCAGUCUCUGGAUCAAAGGCGUGCCUGGCGCCGGCAAGUCUGUAAUGGCAGCCAGUAUGAUUCAGCAUCUGCGAAUGACUGAGAAUUGUCCUGUUCUAUUCUUCUUCUUCAGAAACAUCGUCGCUGCAAAUUUCUCUCCACGUGCCUUGAUCCAAGAUUGGCUUGCUCAAUUGCUGCCCCAUUCUCCCAAGCUGCAGUUUGCUCUUCAAUCGCGACUCGAGGACAGCUUAGAUGACACGUCGGACAAUGAGCUCAUUGAACUCUUCCUUGAUGGCGUAUCGUAUGUGCCCAAACUAUACUGUGUUGGUGAUGCGCUCGAUGAGAUGUCGACCGAUAGCACGCCAAUCUUGGAGAGGCUCAACGGUCUUGCGACUCAUCGAUCUAGAACAUUGAAGUUGCUCAUGACCAGCAGACCGUCUCGGACCUUGCAAAGCACGCUCCGAGAUUCAUCCAUCGUUCACAUUAGCCUGCAGCAGCGCCUUGUGGAUGUCGACAUCCAUUCAUAUCUCAAUCAUCGAUUUGACAAUGCCUCAACAUUGGAGCAUCAUCGUGAGGCGAAAAAGGAUCUCAUCAACAUGGUUGCCGGGAAAUCGCAAGGCCUAUUCCUCUACGCCAAGCUGACUAUGGACUAA